AUUACUAUCUCUUCACCUUCCCCUAAUUCUCCUCCUCCAAUUCUCCAACCUCACAAUUACAUCUUUGCUAACCAGGUACCUCACCAAGUACCCGAGCAGGCAAAGAGAUACGCUCACGUAGGCGACCCUCCCAAGUGGGAUGUUUAUCCGCGGACGGAUUAUGUGAUAAUCGCUAUGUUCGUGGAACGUUGAAAGGUAAUCAUGCCGACCGACAUUGAGGCUUCAUAUGGCGCUAUUCACCUGCCGAGCCUUGCAAAGAGCAAGCCAAUACAUAGCUAUAUAUGAUGGCUCCUUCGUCCAGGAAGAGUUCAAGAAUAUCUACACAUCAGUAUCAACUAAUCCAUUUGUCUCAUCUCAUCUCACCUCAUUGGAAAAGAAAGUAAACAUUUAUCUAAAUAUCUAAUAUCCUCAUAUCAGUAUGUCUAGCAUCACGAAGGUCGCCAUAGCAGGAGCCAAAGGAAACCUUGGAGAAGCUGUGUUGGAGCAGCUGUUGAAGGCUGGGUUCGACGUGACUGUCCUAACCCGCAAGGACAGCACUCAUACAUUCCCAUCAGAUGUUACUGUUAAACCGGUCGACUACACUUCUCAAGACUCCUUGGUAGAUGCCCUCCAAGGUCAAGACGCCGUCGUCGCGGCUCUUGCAUCUGAGGCGCUAGACGUACAGUUCCCCCUAAUCGAAGCCUCAGUCAAGGCAGGAGUCAAGCGCUUCAUCCCGUCCGACUUCGGCGGCGACACCUUCAACCCCAAGGUUGCAGUGCUUCCAGGUUACAAAACUAAGAUCGACGUUCAAAAUGCCCUCAAGAAGGCUACGGCUGAAAGUGGUCUAACUUGGACAGCAAUCAUCAAUGGACCUUUCCUGGACUGGGGCAUUGCAGUUGAAUUCUUGGCUAAGACGAAGAGCAAGGAGAUCGAAUAUGUUGACGGAGGCGACCAGAAAUACUCGGUUUCCAACCUAGCAACUGUUGGAAAGGCCGUAGUGGGUGUUCUUAAGAAUCUCGAGCCGACCAAGAACCGUGCCGUCUACGUCCAAGACGCCGCUAUCAGCCAGAAGCAACUUGCAGGAUAUCUCAAGAAGGUUGUCGGCGCGGAUGGAUGGAAGGAAACUGUCACAUCGUCAGCCGAGGGGCUUCAGCUAGGACAGGAGGAGCUCAAGAAGCCGCAGCCGAACGGCUUCUUGAUCUUCAUCGGGGGCCUCAAGGCUGCGGUCUGGGCCGAAGGGUACGGAGGUCUCUUCACGAAGCUUGACAAUGAUCUUCUCGGCAUCAAACAGUUGACCGAUGCAGAAGUUGAGGAGGUCGUGAUUAAAAGUGCACCUAAAUAGGACUCGAUACUGUCAUCGUUCGGAAUAGUAGGUGACGUAUGUUAGCCCUACAAUUACUGUAAAAGUUGAGUUCAGCCCAAUUGAAUCACUUCCUUGAA